GAGUGGUAAUCGGCUGGAAAAGCUGCCUCGAAACAUUCUUCAAGAGAUGUCCACAUUAGAGGAAGUGGACUUGUCCUACAAUCAGUUGCAGAGUUUGCCACGAGAGAUACUAAGCAGUAAUACCAAACUGAAAGUACUGGAUUUGUCAAACAACAAAAUUCAGCGUCUUCCGGAAGAUGUUUUUGGCAACCUUACUCGGUUGAAAAGGCUCUUUCUCUCCAAUAACAAACUUCAGCGUUUGCCAAAGUUAAAAAAUCUCUCCGAGAUAGAAACAUUAUACAUGGAGAAAAACAGCCUCGUAACUCUGUCACGGGAUCAGUUCCAAGGCCUGUCUAAAUUGAGAGACCU